AUGGAAGUUUCAAAGGAUUCUGUACAGUCUGGCGAUGCACAUUCAGCCUUAUCGAAGGUUGUAGGAUCAAACCAACAAAGCUCACGGCCGAGAGCUAAACAACCACGUCACAAGCAUUCUCAAGAAGAAUGGAACGAACUACGCGGUGUUAUCACAGAUCUCUACAUCAAAUCGGACAAGAAGGCUGAAGAAGUUCUUGAGAUCCUGGAGACAGGUUACAAUUUUCGGGUUGGUCUUCGCAAAUUCAAGGAUUGGCUCAAAGAAAAUGGCAUCUCAAAAAACGUCCAGAAGUCCGAUAUGUUCAUUUUGUACACCAAACGUCACGCUCGCCUAAUCACUGAGGGCAAGAAAACAAAUAUCUACAAAGACAAAAGCCUUUUGGAUAACGCUCGUUUUGAUCGGUUUGGUGAGAGGAACUGCCUUGAUGUAGACGCGCUGACCUAUCAGACCGCUGCAACCCCAGACGGUUAUACAUAUGCAACACCACACGCCGCUGGUACGGGUAUAGACUGGGAACCUGUCUUGGAUUCCACGCUACUUCAAUUCUCUACCACACCAAGGCCUAUGCAAGCAAUUUUUGGGGAUGUCUUCGAUGUAGAGAGCUGUUUCGAACAAGAUGCCCAUAUCCACCAAAUCGGAGUAUUUGGGCUCAGGAUGGCUUCUGAGAAACACAAUGAGGAUCUCUCAGUACUACUCCAGCAGUGCCUACCGUUGGCUAAGGAUCUCAUGGAUUUUGUCUCAUUGCCUUCAGCUUCCGUUGCUCACGAUGUGUCAGACCUACAUCCACCAGAUAUAAGAGUACCCAAGGUCCAAAUCACGUUCACUGGGAAGUGUUCGAACAUAUUUACUGAACCUUCGAUAGCCGACGUUGUAUCCUACCUGAAGCAUUCGGAGACGUGCUCGAGGUUGCUACAGCUGAGCUCAGCAGACCAGGGAAGAUGGAAGCAGGAUUGGUAUGCGAUGGAUCCGGACGAGCAAACCACGUCUAAAAGACUUUGUGAGACCUUUCUCGGGAUACCGAACAGCUAUAAUGAUGCAAUGGUAUUCAUGCAUAUCUCAGUAUUACUUUCGUCGCCGAAGGAUCUAGCGGAUACUGUCAUCGCAAGAAUUUCUCUUGGAGUCGAUACAAGGGACGUUCCGGAGUGUAGGAUAUGCCAGCGAAAGGUUGUGUCUGUGGACUGCAUUAGCGGAACACGAGCAGUUCAGUUGAAUGUGCCUCUCCAGUCAGCAUGGAGUGGGAGUUGGAAGCCAUCACAAAUCUCAACCACCGAGAUCACGGAGCACGUGAGAUGGUGUGACUACGUCUAUUCCCUGAGAGGGUGGUUCAUUCACCUCUCCUCUUGUGUGCGCAGGUAUGAAACUCUUGUGAACGACAUGGAACGUACGGAUUCGGAUUGGAUUGAAGAAGACGAGAACGAGAUAUGGGAUGAGAUUUGGGACCCAAUGGACGUAUGCACGCCCUUGCUGACGUUCCAGCCAUACAAUGUUGCGACUCCUGCGGCUUUGUGUGCGUUCAACGAUUUUGGACUUGUGCUUCCUGAGAGUUCUGAAGAAAUGGAUAGUCCCAAGUUCGAACCUGAUGCUACUGACGUCGAUGUUUGGGAUCCCAAUGGGAGUUGAGGAAUGGCGUAAAGUCGCAAAGAAAAUGCAAAACGAAGAGCUUUUAUGUAUUUUGUAUAGUUAUCUGAAUUAGACUGGGCGACCGUCCGAACACCUCCUCGUCAUCCAGUGUUCGGCUGGGGCAGCUUACCACCUUCAAUGAGAGGUAUGGGAUAGCCAAUGUUCACUCAAGACGAGCCCUCUUGGCUGGUGGCAAACUCGAUUCUGACUCAAUGACCUUCCGCGGAGCAGUGUGCCGGAUUGCCGUCUCCAAUCCAUCGUAUGAAAGUUUCUCCUUCUUGAUAGAACACAGCCUAGUGGAUAUCUUCACUGC